GAGCGUCACGUUCUUAUCAGUCCGUCAACCUGAAGCAGUCAUGCCUGACCCACGUGUAGCUGGAGUUAAAAAUAACAUCCCCACCAGCGGCUAAUAUAAACAGCACAGGUGCUGCAUGCAUGUCUCCGGUCACAUGUAAGACCAACGAACUGAGCGCCACAACCACUUGGAAUUGUGUUCCAAUGGGAGUAGACCCUCGACUGAAUGACAUGCGUUGGUGAUUGGUACGGUUCUAAGCUGGGCAUGGCGAUUAAUUUUGUUUCCAGUUGAGCCGCGUUCACUUGGGUUUUCAUCUAUCACCUCUGGCUUAACGUGACAGCAGUGAUCAUCGCCAUUGAUACGUCUGUUUUACAACAGCUGACAAUGUUGUGUAGAUCUUGACUUAUUUCAUCAUUUUGACACAACACCGUAUUUAGCCCAAGUGCUCAUAAUGGCUGCAACGAAUGGGUAUUGCGUCAAUACCAAUAGCAUUUCCAAUGGUAGAAGUGCAAACUGCCAAGAGGCAGACACAUAUAAUUUACACAAUGAAUCUACUGAUGAAAGCAGCAAAUGUUUGUGUAAUACCAGUGGUUUUGAGGAUCCACUGAAGAGCAACACAGUUGCAAGUGACAAUAACAGGACAAGGAAGAGAAAGUCUAAGCAAGCAAAGAAAAACCAAGAUUCAAACCUUUUAGAUGGAGAUGUUUCUGGCAAAUCAACAAAUUCUGCAAAUAACUGUCCAAAGCAUGGAACACACAUGCCACAAGGUUUCUGGGGAAGAAACCUCCCUGGUUGGUGCUUUGAACCAGAGUAUUUCAUGAAAGAAAAGUUGGAAAAGAGGCCUCAUGAGAUUCACCAAAAUGCAGAUUCGUUGUUCAGCACAUCUAGCGGCUUCACCAACUACCGGGGCCUUCUCAACCUGUGUCUCAUCUUGUUGGUUCUCUCAAAUGCCAGACUGUUCCUUGAGAAUAUCAUGAAGUAUGGGAUAUUGAUAGACCCAAUCAGCUGGCUACACUUGUUCAUAAAGGAUCCUUACAACUGGCCAAAUAUCAUAGUUCUGCUAUCAACUAAUGUGUUCAUCUUGUUUGCUUUUGCCAUUGAAAAACUUCAUGCCAAGGACAUUUUGUCCGAGAGCGUUGGUACAGUAUUCAAAGGUCUCAACAACAUCCUUCUACUGGUUUACCCAGCUACAAUUGUGUACAUUUUGCAUACAAGUCCAGUUUUCUCAGUUAACACAUUGGGAUGUGUGACUAUAGCGUUUUUGAAGUUGAUCUCCUACCACUGCGUGAACCGCUGGUGUCGGGAGUCGCUGAAGGCUCAGCCACGGAAGACAGCACGUAGCAAGACCCUCACGUCCGAGGAUGAAGCUGCAAAGCAGGCCAAAGUGGCAGCUGCCAAUGAGCGACUUAUUGGGAAACAAGUGUGCUACCCAGAUAACCUAAAUCUCAAGGAUAUGUACUACUUCAUGUUCGCUCCCACACUGUGUUAUGAGCUGAACUUCCCGCGAUCGGCCCGCAUCCGCAAGAGGUUCCUCAUGAAGAGGAUUAUUGAAAUAUUGUUUCUUUGGCAACUGAUGCUGGGCCUUAUACAACAGUGGGUGAUCCCCACACUGAACAAUGCCAUGCAGCCUCUUGACCAGAUGAAUCUCUUCAAGGUGCUGGAGCGCCUCCUUAAACUAGCCGUGCCGAACCACUUCAUCUGGCUCAUCUUCUUCUACUGGUUUUUCCACUCCUUCCUCAAUGCACUGGCGGAGAUUCUCCGCUUUGGGGACCGCGUCUUCUACCACGACUGGUGGAAUGCAGAGACUGUGUCUGACUUCUGGAAGAACUGGAACAUUCCUGUCCACAGAUGGGCCAGCAGACACCUGUACAAGCCCAUGUUAAGGCAAGGCUUCUCCAAAUUCACAAGUUCCUUGGCUGUCUUCUUUGUGUCUGCAUUUUUCCAUGAGUAUUUAUUGAGCAUACCACUGCGGAUGUUCAAGGUAUGGGCUUUCACUGCCAUGUUCGGGCAGGUACCCCUGGCUCUGUUGACUGGCAAGUACAUGGACGGCAAGACGGGGAAUAUCAUUGUGUGGUUGUCGCUCAUCCUCGGUCAGCCUGUGGCCAUCCUCGCCUACGUUCAUGACUACUACAUCAUCAACGUCGGCACUCUGACAAACCAGACCAUCACUAUUGGCUGAGGCAUCAACAUGACAAUUUCAGAUUUGUAACAUUUUGUAAAUAGUCAUGACUGCAUUGUAGCCGAACGGAUCACAGAGAUGUGUGUGCUCAUUACUGCUGACUUGUCUCAUGACCCUGAUGUCAGUAUUAUAGUUUGUAUGUUUGAUUUGAUUGUUUGACAGGGUGAUGAAUUCCGAUGUUUUACUGAGUGAAGUUGAUCAGAAGCAAUGUGUAGAUUGCAACCACUAGUGUAUUUUAGUCAAAAUUAAUGAGAUAUAGUUACAACAAACUCAAAUUUGUGGUUCCUUUCAGCAAAAUGGCCACAAGAAUCAACAUUCGUAGUGCUAGGUAUUUGGGAAUGAGAUAUUCAUACAAAACAAAUUCAAUGUUCAAAUUAGAUUCUCAUUUAAUGUGCUUGUAGUCUUGAGCACAAAGAUACAUAUUUUCACAAAAUGAUAAUUAUGUGUUUUCAAAUUGUUUUUUGAAAAGAUAAAUAUCAAUAAUGAAAUAUAUUAAUAUAAGUAGACACUAAUGUGAUAACUUCAAAGCUUUUACAAUUAAUGUAGAGAUAAAAAUUCAUGAAUGAAAAUAUUAGCCUGAUGCUCAUUAAAUGGACACAGAAGAAUGAAAAAUUUGUUAAAGUGAAUAGUGGUCAAUCCAGAAGACUUAAUGAUGAUAUAUGUAAAUCAUUUUGAAAGGGAUUUUCAGUAACUUUGCAUGAGAAAUGUGAAACUAGGAGAAGAGAGUGAUAUUUAGAUGAUUUUUCAAUGUACCAUGGAAAAGAUUGAAGAGUGCCGUUAAAUAGAAGGAAUACGUAGAGAGAUCUGUGAAUAAACACAGAUCAGGUUUUAAGGAGUAUAGAAUUUUCAUGGAUGCAGUUUUAGGGAGGUAACAGAAUUAGUAUGGAUGCAAUUUUAGGGAGUUUAUGGAAUGUGCAUGGAUGCAGAUUUAUUUGACUGUAUGGCAGUGGUAUUUGAUUUCAAAAGGGCAUUACUUGAUGACCCCACAGGGUGCCAGUAGCUGUAUGGUAAGAAUGUAUUUUUAGUUCAGCAUGUUUGAGAAAUUAUCAGCAAUUAUGAAUAGUUUCUUAGGUUUUGCUUUGUUGUACAUUCCUACGAUAUAACAAUUUAUAGUGUGUUCUGUUUCUAUAUACAUACAAAACAAUCAAUGUCUGCAAUUGUAUUUUGUGAUGAGGAUUAAUUCUGUGCAAUAAUUACCACACUCUACUCUAGAUUUGAACCAACUCCAAGACUUGAGAAACAUUUUCAAGCAAUAUUAAGGUUAUUUCAACAUCCAUCUCAAUACAUACCUGAAUGUUGUAACUUUCAAAUUCAAGUUAAAGCCACUGUAUCUCUAUGUUGUAAAUGCAUAGGAUUAAAGUUGCAACUUUUUUAUGAUCACAAACAAGGUUAAAUGGGCACAUGUCAUAUUGUGACGUUAACUUUGAUUGGCAGAAUCUUUGUUGUAAACAAUGUUUUCAUAUAUGAUCUAAUUGACUGUCAUGGAAAUAUUGAUAAUGGAUGGAUGUGUCCAAACAGAAUGCAACAUAAAACUAAAACUCACCCGGCAGAUUAGAAGUCUGUGAAAGUCCUUCAGAAAACAGUAGAUCUUGAUAUGUGUUCAGUAUUGUGUUUAGCUUUGUGUCGGUCAAGAUCAGGUAGUAAAGGUAAAGGAGUUUACUUAUUGAUUAUGUCUACUUUACAUAUUGAUUAUGUCUACUUUACAUAUUGAUUCCCCACAUACAUGAUGCAGGUGUAACUUGUCAAGGCCGUGGUUGAUGAUCCUCACUACAGGAAUAGUACAUAUUACCCACUCAGGUUUUGUAUUAACUGUUAUCAAUACACAAGAUAUUUCCUUUGUAGCAUUGGGUUAAUUAUGGGUUAAUGUUUGAGAGGCAUUUAGAAAAAUCCAAUCUGAACAUUUAUUGUGCAGGAACAUUUGCCUUCUGUAUAACUGUAGCAAAAUAAGUUUCAGUGUUGCGGGAUAAAAAUAACAUCAGUGUACAGUAAUAAAACAUGUUCACCUAAAUUUAUGCAAAAGAUGACUGUCCAUUAAUUUUGUUUCAUCCCCAUUAUUUCUCAGUAUUCAGAUUUGCUGGAAAAAAUGGCAGCCAUGUUGAGACAAGGAAAGACAACUCCGAGUAUCAUGUUAACGCCAAGACUUUGUAAUGAUGAAUAUGAAAACGAGAUAUUUGCUGGACAAAAGUUUUGUCUUGAAAGUCUAAGUUUACAUUGCAUGUACCAGGGUAUUUGUUUUUUGCGACCUCACAAUGAUAGACAAAGAAGUUUCAUUCAUUUGGAAAAUAUAUCAUGAUCUUUUGCAAUAUGCAUUGAUUCCUUUAUAGCUUAAAAUGUCCAUCAAAUUACCUUUGUUGGUUUUUUGGGCUUGUAGAUGCUUUGGGUAUAGAUACACUACAUGUAUUGUGAUGAGUUAGACAACAAAUUCAGUGUAACUGUAAAUCUUAUCUUCAAAAUAUGUCAGAGACAGGUCUAUGACAUUGUCUGACGAAAAUCAUCAUGAUCUCAUGUCAACAAACUGUAGUAUGUGAAGAUGCUUGUUGCCGCACAUAGCAUUUAGGCAUGUGUUAAGACAUUUAGGAAGCAGAUAGAAUUUCUUAUACCAUAUACUAACAUGGUGGAGUCAACCUUAAACUUGAUAUAUAUUUUCUACAAAUUUAUCAUCUUAUUUCCCAUGUAAUAUAGAUUUAUAGUGAUAUUUUCCAUAAUAUCACAUUGAUGUGGUUUAUAUUGGUAGUUUCUGAGUAUCAUACAUCAGGCAAAUACGACUUUUUUCAUAGAAUCUGGACAAGAUGAUUUCAGUUCAGUUAUUAAGAUAUAUGCUGCUCAGUAGUGAAAAAGGCGACCAACUGUUCAGGGAUCAAUCAAGUUUUUUCAAUCAAAAUUUAUUCGAAGACAUUCCAGUCAUUAAAAUAUAUAUACUGUAUUUCAUAUUUUUCUGCUAAACUGGUCAUAGACCAGGAGAGCUUAUACAAUGGGGUGUUUUCCUUCUUGCUUACAUUGGGGCGGUGGGGUAGUCCAGUGGUUAAAUUGUUCACGUGUCCCGUCGCAGACCCCGGGUUCGAUUCUCCACAUGGGUACAAUGUGUGAAGCCCAUUUCUGGUGUCUCCUGCCAUGAUAUUGCUGGAAUAUUGCUAAUAGCAGCGUAAAACAAAACUAACUCACUCCUGCUUACAUUUGUCAACUCUUUGGAUUCUUGGUGUACACAAAUGUUGACGGAUUUAUAAACCUUACAGUCAGUGAUGAAGUUGGUAGUAUUUGGCUUUGAGCAUUCUGAAAUAUGUGAUGGUCUGUGAGGGACAAAUAUUCUGACAAGACUUCCUAAAGUUGAUUCUGCAAAUAUUGAGAAAUUCAGUUUGUAGAAUGAUUAUGGCUGCAAUAUUUACCACCUGUUGAGCAAGAUCUGAAACAAUCUGUGGUUAUGAAUCCUUAGAUGAAGACAAUGUUGUUAUUUCUUAGAUGAAGACAGUAUUAUGAAUAUAGUUAUCCACAUUGGUGUUACAUCUUGGAGAUGCUAAACAUAUGAAAUCCUGUUAAGAAACGAGUCAUGUGGCAUUACUUUCAUUUUUCAUGUAGCACAUUUGCAGUGACUUUGCAGCAAGAUUGGAGUGAUCUGUGAUGUGUUUUUGAACAGGGUUCCUUAAAGAAUUGUUGCAUUUUCAGUUUAGCAGUACACAUAUAUAUUUCCUGUGUUUGUUUGAAGUAUUGGCCAGUUUGUAUUUAAAAUUAUUUUAUUAGUUAGCUGCAUUUUCACUUAUACAAUUCAACUUUUCAAACUGAUAACAGGAUUUGUGUGUCAUGAAAAGAAAUAUCUCUAUUAAAAGGGGAGUAUUUCUUGGAGAGGUCAGGGAGGCUGAUCUGGGAAUAAAUGUACCAACUUGCCAA